UGUGUGCAACUUCACUGGGUACGGGCGUAGGCGCGUGACCGCAGUGUAUUGGCACACAUAUAGGUAAACUGUAGAGCAAGGCUUUCUCUGAGCUAUCCCUGCCAACCAUCCAACCAAUACCGCGGACACUUCUGCAAGCUGCGACUGGAAAGGGGGCAAUGAAGGCCGUGUUUGCGGGCAAAGCUCAACCAGGCGCGGUUGGAGCGGCGCGGCGCCUGCUGGCGAGCGGGCUCGCGAUCGUGACGGUCAACUCGCCAGGGACGCACCACGCCCUGAAGGAAGCCGGUAUUGCUCACCAAGAUGGGCUGCUUGCCGCCGGAGCCGACAGCACUGCCGGCGUGGCGGUAGUGGUGGGAGGGCUGGAAAGCACAGCGGAUGUCGCCGGGGGCGACCCGAGCACUCAUGCGCUCAUAAGGGCGGCAGCAGUCCAGCACGCGCGCAUCGCCGUCGUGGUCGACCCGGAGGACCUCUCCAAGGUCGCAGGUGAGUCCCCCAGCGCCACGGACGGCCUCAUGCUGUCCUCCCUCGGCCGCCGCUCUCUCGCCGCCAAGGCCCUGCGGGCCACGUCCGCGGCGGAUAGCCGCAUCGCUGAGUCGCUCCUGGCGGACGACACCGAAACGAUUCCAGGGAGCGGCGGCGGAAGCGGCGGCGCCGUCGUCCUCGUCCUCGGCUCCGGCGGCCGCGAGCACGCCAUCGCGCUCAAGCUGGCCGACUCCCCGCGGGUGUCGCACGUCUACGUGUCCCCCGGUAACGGGGGCACGGGAAGCGGCCGCCAUGCGGGCAUUUCCAACGCCGACAUCCCCUCCUCUUCAAAGAGCGGCGACGGGCCCCACGCCGCCGUCGUGGAGUUCGCAAAGUCUAAGGGCGUGUCUCUGGUCGCCGUGGGGCCGGAGGUUCCCCUGGUGGACGGCGUCGCGGACGCGCUGGAGGCGGCCGGGGUGCCGUGCUUCGGCCCCAGCACGGCGGCGGCCAGGCUGGAGGCCUCCAAGGCCUACUCGAAGGACUUCAUGGCGCGCAACGACCUGCGGACGGCGCGGUACGCGUGCUUCACCGACUUCGAGGCGGCUCGCAGCUACGUGAUGGAGGCCGGGCACAGGGUGGUGGUGAAGGCGUCGGGGCUGGCGGCCGGGAAGGGGGUGCUGAUGCCGGAGACGAAGGAGGAGGCCGUCGCGGCGCUGGAGGUGGUGAUGGUGAAGAAGGAGUUCGGGGAGUCCGGCGCGGAGGUCGUGGUGGAGGAGUUCCUGGAAGGGGAGGAGGUAUCCAUCCUGGCCUUCUGCGACGGGAAGACGGCGGUGUGCAUGCCGGGGGCGCAGGACCACAAGCGGGCCCUCGACGGCGACGGCGGCCUGAACACCGGGGGGAUGGGCGCCUACGCGCCCGCGCCCUGCCUCACCCCGCGCCUGGCGCGAGAGUGCGCGGACAUCUGCCAGUCGACAGUCACCGCGAUGGCGGCGGAAGGAAGCCCCUUCGUUGGGGUACUCUUCGCCGGCUUCAUGCUCACCAAGGAGGGGCCGGUGGUGCUGGAGUUCAACGUCCGGAUGGGCGACCCUGAGACGCAGGCGCUGCUCCCCCUGAUGGAGAGCGACCUGUACGAGGUGAUGCUGGUGUGCACGGAGGGCCGCCUGGCCGAGACGCCCGUCGCCUUCACUCCGGGGGCGGCGGCGGCUACCGUCGUCCUCGCCGCCGACGGCUACCCGGGCAAGUACCCCAAGGGCAUGCCCAUCUCGGGCCUCGAGGACGCCGCCGCGAUCCCGGGGGUCACCGUCUACCACGCCGGCACCAAGGCGGCGGCACCGGCACCGGCAACGGCGGCGGAGACGCAGCUGUCCGAGAGCGGUGGUGGCGGCGGCAGUGUCGUGUCUUCCGGCGGCCGGGUGCUCGCAGUUACCGGCACCGGCGCGAAUUUCGCGGAGGCACUGGACGCGGCGUACCGCGGGGUCGGGGUGGUGAAGUUCUCGCCCUGCCACUACCGGAAGGACAUCGGGCACCGCGCGAAGACGGCGCCGCUGAGGGUCGGGGUGCUGGCCUCGGGCAGGGGCACGGCGCUGCAAGCGGUGAUCGACUCGUGCGCCACGGCGGCGGAGGACGGCGGCGUGAACGCCGUGGUGGUGCUCGUGGUGACCAAUAAGAAGGAGGCCCCUGUGAGGGCCCGGGCGAAGAAGCACGGCAUCCCCGAGAUCUUCGUCGCCUCCAAGGGCCGAGAGCGCGCGGCAUUCGAUGAGGAGGUGACCAAGGCCCUCGAGGACGCAGGCGUGCAGCUGGUGCUCUGCGUCGGGUACAUGCGGAUCCUGUCGCCAGAGUUCUGCCGCCGGUGGGCCGGGCGGUGCCUGAACGUUCACCCUUCCCUCCUCCCGGACUUCGCCGGGGGCAUGGACUUGCAGGUCCACGAAGCGGUCAUCGCCGCGGGCAAGACUCGCUCCGGCUGCACGGUGCACCAGGUGACGGAGGAGGUAGACUCGGGUCCCAUCGUGGUGCAGGAGGAGGUGGAGGUGGUCGAGGGGGAAACGCCCGAGUCCCUCAAGGCUAAGGUGCAAGCCAAGGAGGGCCCGGCUUUCCUCAAGGCCAUGGGCUUGUUCAUGAAGGGGGGCGGCCGCGGAGGUACCCUUCCCCCUCCCCCCGGCGCCGCCGCCGCCCCGUCGAGCGGCAUGAGCUACAAGGACGCCGGGGUCGACAUCGACGCCGGCAACAGCCUGGUGGAGCGCAUCAAGCCGGCGUGCAAGUCCACGAGGCGACCGGGUUGCGACAGCGACCUCGGGGGGUUCGGCGGCCUGUUCGACCUCGCCGCCGCCGGGUACGAGGGGAAGGACACCAUCCUCGUCGGGGCGACCGAUGGGGUCGGCACCAAGCUCAAGGUCGCGCAGAUAGCGGGAGACCACAGCGGGGUGGGCAUCGACCUUGUGGCGAUGUGCGUGAACGACCUGAUCGUGGCGGGCGCGGAGCCGAUGUUCUUCUUGGACUACUACGCCACCGGCAAGCUUUCGGUCUCCGAGGCGGCCACGGUGAUCGAGGGCAUCGCCGAGGGCUGCCGCCAGGCCAACUGCGGCCUCAUCGGCGGCGAGACGGCCGAGAUGCCCUCCAUGUACCCCGCCGGAGAGUACGACCUUGCCGGCUUCAGCGUCGGCGCCGUCUCCCGCGGCAAGGUCCUCCCCCUCCAAGUCUCCCCCGGAGACGUGGUGCUCGGCCUGCCCUCCUCGGGCGUCCACAGCAACGGCUUCAGCCUGGUGCGCCGGAUCGUUGAGGUGAAGGGGCUGUCCUACGGGGACCCGGCGCCGUUCAACGCCGCCGGGGGGCGGGGGGCGGGGGGCAAGGGGAAGACGCUGGCGGAGGAGCUGCUGGUGCCCACGCGCAUCUACGUCCGGGCGCUGCUGCCGCUCCUGCGCGCGGGGCUGGCCAAGGCGCUCGCGCACAUCACCGGGGGAGGCUUGUCGGAGAAUAUCCCGAGGGUGCUGGGGGCCGACGUGGCCGUGAGGCUGCGGGCGGGAUCCACCGGCGGCGGCUGUUCCUCAGCAGCGUGGGACCUGCCGGAGAUUUUCCAGUGGCUGAGCGCCGCGGGCGGGCUGACGCAAGAGGAGCUGCUCCGCACGCUGAACUGCGGGGUGGGCAUGGUGGUGGUGGUGGCGCCGGAAGCGGCGGAGGAGGCGCGGCGCCUGCUGAGGGAGGCCGGCGAGGAGGUGGUGCUGGAGAUGGGCGUCGUGGAGGAGAGGGCCGGGCCCGACGCGCCCCAGGUUGUUUACGAAGGCCGCCUGAAAGGGUUUUGAUAUCUUAAGGGGGUGGGGUCGCAUCUAGCGCGGGGGUGACAAGAGAAGGUUGGCUGGGGGGGGGUAUGUUACUGAUGAUUUUCAUCAUUGCUCUUCGUCUAGGCGCGGCUGGGGAUAGGUAGAUAACGGGGUGCGUAUCAGUAUCCUCCUUCACUUCUCCCUUCUUUCUUGCAUGGCAGUUUGCGUCACAUAUUGAAUCCAGACGUGUGCAGAAGGCGUACCCGUCAACAGCGCUUCCUCAACCUGUUUGGAAAGUGGCGUUUGGUCGCUGCUGUGCGUCUUUGUUGCAUUUGAUUGUUUUUCUGGGGGGGGUGCUCCUUUGUUGAAGUUGGAGAGGACUACGAGGAGGAGGGGAGUGGUUAGGCCCGUCCGUGACUAGCCGUCGGAUACAGGCGGGGCGAAAUGUGACGAGGGACGACAAAGCCAACCUCACUACAUAGUGAUUCUAGGGGUUGAGGGAGCCACCCUCGACCGAGUCACAGUGUGCGAGGGAAUAUUUUCUUAAACCAGCGGCCGCGCGAACUACUUACUUGUUUUCCUCCAGCACGUGUGGCGUAUUCCACAUGACAAACAGGUGAAUUUCGCGGCGGCGGAAGCG